AAUGGUUUAUUCAAGCGUUUUGAUUGGCUAAAAAGGUAAUAGUUUACUUCACGCGACAGUCUCGGUAAUGGCGACAAAACAGUCUGAGUAAUAGUUUACUGGAAGUCACCACUGUGCUCGAUAACGAUAAGAGGAUACUUAUCGAAACGUUGUGCUUGUGUAUAAUAAACCAGUGAUUGUUUUCCCAUAUGACUGUAUUAGUUCUGUAAUGUUUCCAGUCGCUAAACGCCACUAAAGGAUUUUUUAUUUUGCAAGAAGCUAACCUGAAACAGUAUAAAAGCCAUUUCAUGUGAGUGUUGCGAGUGGACAUAUCACCUCGGUGGAAGCGGACGUAAAAUACAACUAACUAACAACAACUUAUCUUAACAGAAUGUCCAAGAAAAAAUGGCCAUUACUGCUCUUGUUUUCAUUUAUUGUGUGGCUUCUCUAUAAAUUAUCUGAUGUUAAAACAGGACACCAGAAUGAGAAUCCUGAAGUCAACAGUAGAUAUUUUGAAACUGAUGAAAAGUUUGUUAAUUUGAAAGAUAAAGUGAAAAUAUUGUGUUGGAUUAUGACUAUACCUGAAAAUUUACCAACAAGAGCUACUUCCGUGAAGGAAACCUGGGCUCCACACUGUAAUAAAUAUAUGUUCGUCAGUGGUGUUGGUAACAAGACAUUCCCUGUAGUGGAACUAAAUAUCAUUGAAGGAAGAUAUCACCUUACCAACAAAACAUACACUAGUCUUUUAUAUCUAUAUCGACAUCACGGACGGGAAUACGACUGGUUUUUGAAAGCAGAUGACGAUACAUAUAUAAUUGUAGAAAAUUUACGAUAUAUGCUCAACUCCUUUGAUCCAAAAAGCCCGCUGUUCAUUGGAAGAAAGUUUAAAACGGUUGUCCCCAAUGGCUACAUGAGCGGUGGAGCUGGGUAUGUUCUCAGCAGACGAGCCUUGGAGUUAAUAGUGACGAAAGGCGUCCAUAAUAAAACUUUAUGUCCUAUUUGGUCGAUGGAGGAUGUGGAUAUAGGCAGAUGUGCAACAAAUGUGGGCGUCAGUCACGUGGAUUCCUCAGCAGAUGUAUAUGGAAAACAACGGUUUCAUCCUAUAUAUCUGAGUGAAUAUUUCAAACCUCAUUUUGAUACGUUUAUGUUUAUAUAUUCUCUUGCUAAAGUCAAAAGUGGAACAGAAUGCUGCAGUAAUUUAACGAUUAGUAUGCAUAGCGUGAAACCGGAACAAAUGUAUAUGAUACAUUUUCUCUUGUAUCACAUGGAAGUACACGGAGAAGUUUCAAAAUGGCCUAAACAAUUUCCGGUAUCGUAAUCAAACUGCUUCAGUAUGUGUGUUAGUGCACGAGAGAAUAUAAAGUAAUUUAUGUACUGUGUAAACUUUCAUAUAUACUCUUCCAAAAAAAGUAGGGGAUAUUGAAAUGCAAAUAUCUAUGCAGGUUGUGAUAUGAUAUUCAUGGACACUUGACAUGCUUUGAGAGUAUGUUCACAGAUGAAGAACUUAUCGCCCCAACCGAACCACUGAGCUGCACAUGCGACACGCAAUAGCGCCGUACACGUGGGAGGGGUUCAUUGUCAAAUUUGACACUUCAAGGAAGAGUUGAUGAACACUGCCGCGUGUUGGUUUAUCUAUCCAUGCUUGCUUUCCUAUCGGUUUUUGCACAGGAUUUACUGUUUAGCGUAUCUUUGCUUUAGUGUGUUACAUUUAAUCUGAUCGGGAGACGUUUUCAUCAACGUCAACGUCAACCGACAACGCUGCAUGAUUUUCCCGUGACACUGCAAGGGGAGUGGGUCAGAUUGCCCCAAAUCGUGAUUGGGCGGUUGAUUAGGAGCAUGCCACAAUUGGUGGAGCAAUUUCUCAUUAUUAAGACAAAAAUCAAAAACGUCCAUUUUCACUUUUGACGGUCUAUCUCUUUGCGAGUGAAAUGGGGCCGUCAGAUAAGCCGCCCAUAUGAACUGUUUUUACACUGGUUUUACCUCUAAUAAAAACAGCAGUGCAUUCCGCAGUUUUGUAUUGUUUCUGAAUAUCCCCUUAUUUUUUUUUGAAGAGUAUAUUUCAAACGGAUUUCUUCGAUUAUGAAUAAACUACUUAAUUAUGGUUACUUAAAACUUGCCUAUUUUGGUGAGUACGUGAAUGAACCUUUGAUAAGAGUUAACGCCCCGCAAAUCACACUGCACAUAAAGGUAGACCAGUCCUAUAAAAUGCACCCCAUGCCUGGUUGAAUCAUUCACACUACAACUCACGACAGCUCAGAGAAACCAGGCGCUUGGAAGACUCGACGCUGGCCACACUGACGAAGCCGUUGCCAAUCACUUCCCGGUCAAUGUUCGGACCAUCUACAGGCUUCAGAAACGCUUUCUGGCCACCAACACCACGGAUGAUUGCCCCCGAACUGGUAGACCAAGGGUUACAACAAGGCGACAGCACGUGCAGAAUCCCUUCACACAGGCAUUGGAGACAGCACGUCAGACAGUGGGAAGACACGGAAGAUCCAUCAGUACCAAUACAGUGCGCCGACGUAUCACCAGAGAGAACAUCCAUUGCCGUAGACCUUACCGUGGACCGAUCCUCACCCCUCGCCAUCGACGUGAACGUCUACAGUUUGCCCAACAACACCAGAACUGGCGACACAGGCAAUAGAGAACUGUUCUGUUCACAGAUGAGAGUUGGUAUCGCGUUGACGUGGCCAGCGUUAUUCUGACCAAUGUGUCAUCGAACGAGACUCAUGGGGAGGUCCAAGCAUAAUGGUUUGGGGUGGAAUCGGCCUGAACAAGAGAGUGGGUCCUGAGGUGUUCCAAAAUCUUGGUCCAGGGGGAGGAGGCGGCAUCACAGCAGUGCGCUACAUCGAUCAAGCUCUCAGACCCCACGUCAUACCACAUUUCGCACGUCAUCGAAACAACGUUUUCCAGCAUGACAACGCCCGUGCCCACACCGCCAGAGUUACCCGGGACUUUCUACAGUAGAACGGUGUCAACGUUAUGCUCUGACAGCCCUUAGUCCGGGCUUAAACCCGAUUGAACAUCUUUGGGAUGAAAUUCAGAGGAGAUUUAAUAACGUCGUACCUAGACCAAGCACAGCCGAUGGAUUGCUGUCAGGCUUUUCUGAGAGCGUGGUUCCAGGUGCCAAUGGCGUUCAUCCAUCGACUGGUCAACUCCAUGUACAGACGCUGCGCUGCAGUUAUUGACACUCGCGGUGUACCGGCCCUAAACCUUCCCGUAAUGUCUUGGAAUUGCGAUGAAUUAAUCACUAAUGUGUCAACAUACCCAUUAGCCCAGUCGAAGCAAAACAGUAGGGCGUUAAACCCAAUUUCAUUUCAUUUUCCCUCUUAAAGUGCGAUUUACAGACUAGGACAAAAUGAUACUCUCUCUCUCUCUCUCUCUCUCUCUCUCUCUCUCUCUAGAUGUUUACAGUAUGUACAAAGUCUAUCAAUACUCUCUAUAUUGUAAUAUCUCCCUUUCUCAGGCUUUAGGCAAUGGGAGCUUACUCUAAGUUUACAAAUAUCAUUCUUAUAAUAUAUAGGAUGUUUUAAAUAAAACUGUAUUCUGCAUUCAA